AUGCAUCUAAACAAGGUUAUGAAGGAAUUUGUAGCUGAAAUUGCAAGCACAGGAAGGCUAAGGCAUAGGGAAACUGGUAGACUUUUAGGCUGUGCCCGCGAAAAGAGACACUUUCUUGCGUUUAUGAUUUACAUGCCUAAUGGUAGUCUUGAUGCUCACUUAUUUGGUAAGAAAAAUCCUCUUCCAUGGUCUGUACGUUACAAAAUAUCACUUGGUCUAGCCUCGGCUUUGCUUUAUCUUCAUGAAGAAUGGGAGCAAUGCGUAGUGCAUAGAGAUGUUAAGUCGAGCAAUGUAAUGCUCGACUCUAAUUUUAAUGUGAAGCUUGGUGACUUUGGUUUAGCGCGUCUUAUGGACCAUGAACUCGGUCCACAGACAACUGGGUUGGCCGGAACUCUGGGUUACUUAGCUCCGGAAUACAUGCUCACAAGAAGAGCUAGUAAAGAAUCAGAUGUAUACAGCUUUGGGAUCGUGGCUUUAGAAAUUGCCAGUGGGAAAAGAGCAGUUGAUCAUAUAAUUAAGCAAGAAAAUGACAUGAAUUUAGUAGAGUGGAUUUGGGAACUUUAUGGGCAUGGUAAGCUUCAUUUGGGUUUUGACAAGGAACUUUAUAUGGAUUUUGAUGAGAGGCAAAUUGAGUGUCUGAUGAUCGUUGGAUUAUGGUGCGCUCAUCCUGAUCGUGCUCAUAGGCCUUCAAUAAGACAAGCAAUUCAAGUUUUGAAAUUUGAGAAUGAAAUUCCAUAUCUUCCUUCUAAAAUGCCUGUGCCUAUAUUUCAUAUCAGCAAGGCCUACAAUAAGGCAAUGUUUUGCCAUAUCUUGCAUGAAUGUUUACAAUGCACCAGGAUAUAG